UGUGGUGUUUCCCCCCUCGUGAUACGGCGGUGCGCUGCAGCUUCAUAUGUGUGCGCUGUGUCCAGCUGUCACCGCCGGCAUUGGUCCACCAAGCAGACACACGUAGGCGCGGAUCCGACCGACCAACCCCCUUCUGUUUUCCGGCAGACAGAACCGGCGAGCGGCGGGACAGGGCAGCCAACGACGGCGCGCUGCAGAGCUCAACGGGACGGACUGCGCACGGCAGAUCUCCGCUGGUCCACCGGGGAGGCGACACUGUUCUCCCAGCGGCACCAUGGCAGCUAUGGGACCUGAGGGCCGAGUUGGACCCGGGCCAGAUGGGACAGUCGCCGAGCCAGAUGGGACGGUCGCCGGCCCAUCACGGCUCCAGGCUUGCAUCUCCAGGACGACGCACAACAGCAACAGGCCUCACCAGUCUCAGAUCCUGGUGUGCACUCAGAGCCGCGGGCAGUCAGAUAAAACAUUUGUGGACAGCGAGCAUCCCAACAAGACACCGGUUCGCCUGCAGCAGAUGGACGCCAAGGAAGGCCAGAGCAACCUGGCUGCUCCUCCGCAAACAACAGCUCCCACAUUGCACAUCUGCAACAUGUCGACAACUGGAGAAGCACCCCACAGUUUCCGCAGCCCAGAGUCAGUGGAGAUGGACGAAAUUAUGGCAGCCAUGGUUUUAACAAGUCUGUCCUGUAACCCUGUGGUUCAAAGCCCUCCACAGACCGAUCCUGGAUCAGUUGGUCCAUCUCCGCCCGCUGAAAUGGAGUGCGGUGGCGGCGAACUUUCUGACAGUGGCAGCAGUGGGUACUGGAGCUGGGACCACGGAAACAUGAGCCCCGCCCCCUCGCCGUCCGUGACUGAGAUGGAUAGCAGUCCAGAUGAAGGAGUACAGAUGGAGCCUGACCAGGGGGAGGAGCUAAAUGCCAAAAAGCUAAAGAGCUCUUUCAGAGGUGUCUAUCAAUGUCUGUGGCCCAGCUGUGGCAAAGUCCUUACAUCUUCAGUUGGAAUGAAAAAACAUGUCCGUAUGCUUCAUCUAGGCAGUGGAUCAGCUCACUCCCAGAGGGAAGAGGACUUCUACUACACAAAGAUCUCCUGUGAGUCCACAGAUGCCCGAUUUGCUCCAGCUCCUUCUCCGCAGGCUCUGGGCCAGGCCUUGUCCUCUCAUCUCUGCUGGACCUCCUGCUUUCCUCCUCCAUGCUCUGAACUCCAGAUCCCCCCAGCGCACAGGCCCAGGUCCAACUCCAGCUCUGGUCCGGGCACGAACAGGCCCAGUCCACUCAGCCAAUCGGCCCCCAGCAGCUUCUUGCAGAUCCACACAGAACAUCUCUAUCAGGCUUGUAGCCCCGUCCAGGUGUCUGUGAUUCCCAGGAAUCUUGGCUGCUACAGCGGGACUCCGCCCACCUAUGUCUCUGGUCACACUAACACUCCUAUGGUGAAACCGCGCUGUCGCUCUGUUAGUGUUGGUGAACAAUGGCUCCAGCAGAACAGACUGCAGGCUGUGAGCGGGUCGCCCUCACGGAGCCACUGCUCCUUCAGGAAGGGCCGUGGCGAGACCAAAAAGUGUCGGAAGGUGUACGGAGUGGAGCGGAAGGAUCAGUGGUGCACUGCCUGCCGCUGGAAAAAAGCCUGCCAGCGUUUCCCCGACUAAAACCGUCUGCGUGACAAAGAGAGAGUGAGACAGAAAGAAAAGGAUGGAUGGGAUGGGAUGGAUGGAUGAGCGAUGAGACUUUUAUGACAAAAGGACGUAUGAUUAUAAAUCAAGGCCCCAGAGCCAUAAAGAAAACCAUCUGUUCUUUGACUAUAUUUUUCUUCAGCUUUAAACUUUUUGUUUCUUUCCUACAGGAAUGCAAACCGAGUUUUCUGUAUCUUUGUAACUUCAUCCUUAGAACUAAAGUCCACGAUGGUGCUGUUAACCGAUUUUAACCAUGUGAUGUGCUAAACUUACAAUGCUCUCCUUUACCCAAAGCUCAUGUUACUGCCCCGUAGCCUGUGGCACGGUCACUCCAGGAUACAGCAAAAUGGGCAUGGCUACAAACUUGCCGUCGUAGUAGUAUGCUCUUGCGGGAAUGACGACGUGUUGUUUGCACUAAACUUCUCUGAUUACGAGAUCGGUUGUUUACACCAUCGAAUUAGUCUGAGAUUUGUUUUGAUGCGUUAAGCUAAGCAGAAAAAAAAUGCACAUUAUGAUUAAAGUUUGAGCAGAAAUCAGUCAACCGAUGAUGAAAUCUCAAGUUCUUUCCAAACAGUUUCUACCCACCAGGUCUUGAAAUCCAAGUCACGGUCAGAAUUCAGCAAGGACGUCGCUGAUUCGUAUCACUUGGAAAAGCAGGGAGACAACAAAACAGAAAUGUCUGAUCAGAUGAUGUAUAAUUCCCCAACAACACUCUUGAAUCACCUUUUCUGGAGUUAUGUUUAUCAGAAUUUAACGUUGUUCUUUCUCAGAUAUGCAUCAUGGAAGUUCAAAAUUUUGAACCUUUGGCCAUACCUUCAAAAACCUUCCAGGAGGUCCAGGUGGCGGUCCACGAGGAACUGGGCUAUUCUGCCAUUAUUGCCGUGGAAUUGUUUAACCACAGCAGGAUUGUUAACAUUUUAGAAAAUUCCUUUUUUUUCCGUUGCUAACUUCAACACAUCUCUUGCAUUUUUGUGAAGCCAAUAAAAUUGUGACAUAUAUUCUUUGACAUCACCAGUUGGUUUUCCAUAAGUGCCAGCAUGCUAUGGUUGUUUUUUGCAUGUCACAUGGGUACAAGUCCGUCAUGUUACAUUAUCAAACAGCAUGCUAGGUCACAUUUAUGGGCAAAACCACGACCUUCCGGGACAUGUAUCCACAGAAGUCAGAAUGAUGCUUUAAACUUGACUUGCAAACAGUUUAAUGUUAGCUUGUUAAACAGCCUCACCAUCUAAACUGCCAAAACCAAGCAAUACAUCAGCUGUGGCUAACGGGAAGGCUAACAGUUCGCCUCAAAACAUGAUGGCAAGCUAAUGGUAGCUUUUGCAAAAAGUUAUGAUGUGAGAAAAACUAUUUAAAUGCUCGGCUUGUCCGUUUGAGCUUAUUAUAUCAUAAUUAGCCAAGCUAACUGGAGAACUGGGGUAGUUAGCAAACUUGCUGAGCCACUACACAAAUAAUAAUUUAAUCCGGACUAUAUAUGUCCUAUCAUUGUUGUCUUCAGGCUAACUUAAAAACAUCUGAUCUCAUUAUGUAUCUGCAGAAUUUCACCACAUUGUGUUCUUUGGUCAAGCUAAUAUGGUAGCCGCCAUGAUUUUGCACAAUUGAUCAUUUCAGUUUCCGCAAAGGCCAACAAAAAACGGGAUUUGGGAUAAAUACAAAUACACAUCACCCAAAUUGAACCAGACAUAAUAUUUGUGCAAAUUUGCUUAAGUAUUUUUGCUUGAGCAAAUGCUCCGUCUCCCUGGGGGAUUUAUGCUAAUUCCACCGAAAUUAGUAGAAAAUGUGCUGACUAAUGCUAGCGUGACCGUGACAGACUUUUUGUUCAAACCUUUUUUCCAGUGUUUACACGGUGGUUAUGAUGUAUACUACAGUAUAUUGCGCAUUUUGAGUUAUGUAUCUGUAUUUUAUACCCUUUUUUAUUGUAUUGUUCAGCCCGUAUAUUGGGCAGAUUUUUGUAAUCCAUGUUUUCUGGCACUUUAUUGGGUAUAAAUUCACAAGAAUAAGCUAAAUUGGGUUUGGCACAACCAAGUACCUUCCAUGAAAUUGAGUUCCCUGCUGCCUGCGUCGGUACGAAAUCAGUGUUAAUGGUUUUAACUGAAAGAACCAUGGCAGUGGGACUGCAGGGAACAUGAGUCUGUAAUAGCAAUAAAGAAAAAGAAAAUAUAUUGUCAAACACAAAAUAAAAAGCACUGAUAAUUUGA